AUGUCGCGAGCGGAAAAUUUUUACCGAGCGAAAUAAAUAAAUAACUUUGAUCUGAAACGUGAAUUUGAUUGAUCGAGUACUUGGUGAUAUUGUAUAUUAAUUUAUAUAAAUUUAAUUAAAAUAAAAUAAAAAUGAAGAGAAAGUCAAGUCACAUUGAAGAAGAAGCAGAAGAAUUCGAUUCCGAAGUUGAUUCCGAGGAAGAGCUACAGGAUGCAUUUGCUAAAGGAUUAAUAAAACCAGGACUAAACAAAGUCAUCGAACAGGAAACUAGAAAAAAAAAUAAUGACACCGAAUUAAUGAAGCAGAUAUUGAAAGAAAUAAAAUUAGAUUUACCAUGGCUAGAAACACUGGAUGUCGUAAACGCGCCGGCGCCAUUGGCACCAGAAUUAGCCCUACAAAUGUACGAGCAAGAAGAGCGACGUGCUAAGCAACUGCAGGGAAACAGAAAAUUGCAGCAGCUUAAACCAACUGAAGACCCGGUUAUCAACGACUUCAAAAGAGAGACGAUGUUCCAUCGACAGGCUCAGGCUGCCGUCAUGUUCUCUAUACCCAGGCUCAAAAAUAUGGGAAUCCCUACAGUGAGACCCGAAGACUACUACGCGGAAAUGGCCAAAGUUGACGAGCACAUGCAGAAAAUCCGGCAGGGCCUGCAGAUCAAGGAGCAGGCAGUCGCCCGCUCGGAAAAAGUCCGACAGCUGAGACAGCAACGGAAAGUCGGCAAGCAAAUGCAAAUAGAAGCGACUCUCAAAAAACACGCGGAAAAAAAACAAAUGCUCGAUGAGGUGAAGAAAUUCCGUAAGGGAGUUCGCAAGGACCUGAGGGUGAGCUAGGGAUAGGCAAAUGGAAAAAAUAUAUCGUAUCGAUAUUUUUAGACAAUAUCGAUAUAUGCAGAGUAAAAAAUAUCGAUAUAUCGAUACAUUUACUUUCAGGAGCGCGAUUACCAAAAAUAUUGUUAAAAUAUUCAAAUGUGAAAAGACAUUUGGUACUUUUGUAAGUUUUGCUUAUUAAUAAAAUACAUAUUUAAGUAU